AUGGAUGGUAUAGAGCUGAGCUGGAUGGUGAAUCUUUCCCUUCCCCUUUCACUGGGCUAUGCUCAAUAUCCUGAGUUCAGACUUGACAUGCUUGACAGGAAAGGUUCCUGCCUGCAGCUGGCUGCCAAGACGAAUGUGAACAUCAUCCUGCAGCACUACAACUUCACAGGCAAGCUGACCAACCGGCAGACUGGGGAUGAGGGAAUGGGUCUCAUCCGCACAACUUUUGCCAUCAUUAGCUGCUUCAUCAUCCUGGAGAACCUGCUUGUGCUGCUGGCCAUCCUGUGCUGUCUGCGAGCCCGCCGCUGGGUCUAUUCCUGCAUUGCCAGCAUCACUGUAAGCGAUCUGCUUGCAGGAAUUGCUUACCUUUGUAAUCUCUGCCUCUCAGGCAAGAAGACUUUCCAGCUUUCACCUCAGCUCUGGUUCCUGAGGGAAGGCAUCCUUUUCAUCGCGCUGGCUGCCUCCACCUUCAGCUUGCUUGUGACUGCCAUCGAGCGCUACAGUGCCAUGGUAAGGCCGAUUGCUGAGAACGAAGCCAGCAAGACCCUGCGCUUACGCAGCCUGAUCAUUUCCUGCUGGCUGCUGUCCUUCAUCAUUGGACUGCUUCCGUUGCUGGGCUGGAACUGUCUGUGUGACUUCAAUGCCUGCUCUGUCCUCCUGCCUCUCUACUCCAAGAACUACAUCCUUUUCUCUGUAAUCAUGUUCAGCAUCAUCCUCCUGGGAAUCAUCGGCCUCUACAUCUCCAUCUUCCAGCUGGUCCAGGCCAGUUCUAAGCAAAUCAGUUCUCGGCACAGCCGCAAACGGUCCCUGCGCUUGCUUAAGACUGUGUUGAUGAUCCUGGGAGCCUUCAUCAUUUGCUGGAGCCCCCUCUUCGUCCUGUUGCUCUUUGACGUCUUCUGUGAGACCCAGACCUGCACACACCUCCACAGCCUGGACUGGACCUUGGCUUUGGCCAUGAUUAACUCGGGCGUUAACCCCAUCAUUUAUUCCCUCCGGAGCGUGGAGGUGCGCCGUGCCGUGGGGAACCUGCUGUGCUGCUGCUGUGUCAGGGUUGGGCUUUGCAAGCCUGGGAACUGCUUGGUCAUCACAGACAUCAACUCUGGCUCAUCUACAGAGAGCUCCCUGCGCUACCGGGAGAGCUUCCGCAGCUCUGUAGCACUGAACACCCGGCCCAGAGCACCUCUCUCCAGCAACUCUAGCAUGAUGAGCAAUCUCCCCAGCCUCUGA